AUGUUUAAGAAGCUGAAACGGCUCGCACCGAGGAAACCUGCCUCGACGAAUGGAAUCCAGACACAGGGUGAACUCUGUCCCCCACCUUCAGACCCCGCCCUGGGUGAGAUACCUGAAAUUAGAGUACAGGUUGAGGAAUUAUCGAAUUUCUAUGACCCUGUCACACCACGGCCAUGCAUGACUUGUGGCCCUCUGACGACGUGCACUGAACAACCUGUGCCGAUAGAGGCUCUAUUCAGGUCUUUCGAUAAUGGUUGCUCCAUUUGUUCUCUCUUUUGGAAAGUGUACAUACAAGCAGGGAAUUUAGGCCCCGUUCACUAUGUAUCGACAUGGUCUGGUAACAAAGGUGCCUUCGGUGUCUAUCUUAUCAAGAAACGUGUUGAAGAUGGGAAUGAAGUAGCCGGAGAAACAGUUGCGGUCGUGGUUCUCGCUGCAGACGGAGAAAGGUCCCCUUCACCAUUCCCUUGGUUACCAAACGUUAUCAAAUCCCCGUUCAAUCGAAGUCAAUUACGAGAUAUCCAGAUGCUCUCCGCUUGGAUUAAUGAUUGUCAGGCAAAUCAUCCUUCUUGUCAGCAGAGUAUGCAUCCAAAACUUCCAACAAGGAUUAUUGACGUCGGGAGUGGCACGGCCCAGCCUUUCCUCAAGAUCACCCAUGGUGAGGUUGGACGAUAUAUUGCUCUUAGCCAUCGCUGGGGCGCUUUGGACUCUCAGCUCAAGAUGUUGAUCACGAAACGAGAAAAUAUCGAGGACUUUUGUCGAAUGAUUCCUUUUGAAUCAUUUCCGUUGACGUUUAGGCAUGCUAUAGAAGUGUCUCGCUCGCUGGGGAUUCAAUAUCUCUGGAUCGACUCUCUGUGUAUUGUUCAGGAUGACCUGCAGGACUGGGAGAUUGAGGCCGCCAGAAUGGGUGACAUCUACGAGAACGCAUACGCGACACUUUUUGCUGAAAGAGCCAACCACUGCGAUGAUGGGCUUUUCCAGACAGUAGAAGACAAAAGCAUUGCGACAGAUUGGGUCCGAGAGAUUGAAAGUCGAAACCCGCAGACCAAUGACCAAUACUGGAUUUUAGCGUCAUUUCGGCAUUCUUACUAUCCCAACUCCCUCUCCCCGGAAGAAGCAUUCUGUUUGGUUGACAAACCGAUCUCGCAGCUCCAGAGUCGAGGAUGGAUCAUGCAAGAGGAAAUUCUUUCCCGCCGCAAAAUCUGUUUCUCAAGGACUGAACUGCAUUGGCAGUGUAGGUCAAUGUCCCGAUGCGAAUGUGGCCUAAAAUCUUUGGCAGACGAACGAUUCACGAAUGACCUAACCAGGAAUUUACUAUUAACGCAACGCGGGGACGGCAGCGUCACCAGAGGCUUAUCAGCCAGUGGUAGUAACGCCGGUAGAACCACAGAUCUGAAUAAGUCGUGGAAGAAGUUGAUCGGAAUUUAUAGUCGCCGCACGUUUACUUACGAACGGGAUAGACUCUCGGCACUUGCUGGAGCCGCGUCAAAGCUCGGCCGCUCAUCACAAAACUACUUGGCGGGAAUUUGGCGCGAAGAUGCUGGCGACCAACUUCUGUGGCGUGGCUGGAAUCGGAACGGGGCUCCUUGUGGUAGGCACGAAGCUUACUACGCACCAACUUGGUCGUGGGCCUCACUUCGAGGAGGGAUUUCCUUUUGCUCCCUUUCCGGUAGCACCAUUUCCCACUCCGGUGAAAACAGUCCAGCUCCAACUCAAAUAUGGAGAAUCAUGGAUGGUUCAUGCCAACCCUCCGGUGAGAAUCCUAUGGGCCCAGUAUCAAUGGGCAUGCUCCGGAUCCAGAGCAAAAUCGCGCCGGUGUUUGUAGACGAAUGUGAAGGACCAGCUUCGGACCUGAAGGACAAUUACGGCAUAUUUGAGCGGCGUGGCAUCUACGAGCAGAACCGAAACGGUAAGACUUACCACCUUGUGUUACGGUCCUAUAUCGGGGCAGGGAAAAGUACCGGAGGGGCAUCGCAUGAUACGAUCAUUUCCCUCGACACCAAAGAUGACUGGAAAAUGUUCACUGGAAAAAAGGCGCAGCAGUGCUAUUAUCUCAUUGCUCAAGUAGGAACCAUUACAGGAGCUACAAUGUCGGACGAAACGUCUCGGACUAUGGGCUUGCUGAUUCGUGAGUCUGCUAUACAUCAGGGAUACUGGGAACGGGUAUGCCUGGUCUCGCCCAAGGGAUGGUGGCGCGAUUGGCGCCAUCUUGCUGAGGACAGAGAAAUUAUCUUGGCGUAG